CGAACUGUCAUUUUUUUCUUUCGUGUGUCACAUGACAACUCCCGUGACCAAAAAUUUGUUUAUAAAAUAAUUUUGUAAAUAGAUGCGAUGAAAAAGGUGUGAAAGAAUGAGUUUCAAGAUCUCCGACCUGGACAACAGCGUUACCGAACGGGAGAACGACCUGAUAAGCUUAGUGGAUGAGAAUUCAAUUGCCUCCCAGGACACUCUCAAUGCAGCCGAUGAGAAUGUUCAGUACACCUCAAUCAAGAGUGAAAAUGGUUUGGUCACAUACCGACUAGUCCACCUUGGAGAAUCUGAAUCUAAUCUUCAGAGCACAACAGCAACAGCCACAACACCCUCCUCAAACAUGUCUCAACAGUGUCAAGUGUACGUCAUCGGGAAUCCAUCGAAUUUUCUUCAAACACAGCGUAACACCACCCCAAAGACAGAUGUUGUCGUCUCGCCAGUCAUUCAGCAUACCAACGUUCGAAAGAGGGAUGAACGACGAAGAGCCACCCACAAUGAGGUGGAGAGGCGCAGACGGGACAAAAUAAACAACUGGAUACUGAAACUGAGCAAAAUCAUCCCACCAGAUCCAACAGAAGUGCCACGAAGUGGUUGUGGCAAUCUCGAGGGGCAGUCAAAGGGUGGAAUCCUAGCCAAAGCAUGCGAAUACAUUAUGGAACUGAAAGAGGCCAACUCGAGCCUAAAAGAUUAUCAGAAUGAACUCAAAAGAUUAAUUGCUGAAAAUAAAAUGCUGCGGGAGAAGAAUGAAUCACUAAUUAGAGAUAAUGAAAUGCUAAAAGCACAACUAAGUAGUGCAAAGGUUGAGCCAGAUGCUUCAAAUUUAUAGCGAAUAGAUUUUUGCUGAAGGGAGAGACUUUGUUCUGAAAAUAUUUUUGUAUCCUAAAAAUUAAUUAUGAAUUUCUUUUCUUUUAAUCGAUAUAGCAAGUUAUCCUUUAUGUUUUUUUAUUCUUAUUAUUUAAGAGAGGGAUUUAUUUUUUAAGUUUUUCCUUACGCUCCCUAUAUUAUCAGUUUUUUUUAUUCACGAUGAAAUAAUAAAAGAUUUGUGUACAGUAGAAUUAUUUUGUCCUCAAUAAAAUGUAGCUUUUAGUUUUUUUCUUCAAACAUGAAAUAGGGGAAAUGCUUCUAAUUUUGUCCAGUUUCUUAUUUUGGACACUUUGAGGAUAACAUUGGACACUAAAAAUAAAUUGAUUAAAAUGAUGGACUUUUAUUCCAAUAUUUGAUGAAUAAUGAAUUCUAUCUAAAUAUUUGUUCUUUUUGGAAUAUUUUAACACUAAAUACGUUAAAAUUUGAAUAUGAUUUGAGUUAAAAUUGCUUUGUUGAAAAUUCAGUGUGAGCAAUUGCUUACGAGAAAUAUGACAGAACUUCGUGGCUUACUUCAGUCUUAUUUAGUUUUGGUGAAGUACUAACAAAGUUUGUUCGCUGUUUUUGAGUGAUAUUAUUGAAUAUUCAUUGAAUAUUGUGUUGAUUCACGUUACUGAUGAUUUGUACAUUUGACCUGAAGUGAGAUUUGCCUUGUGAAUUAUAUUUUUCGUGUGAAAAAUGGGAAUUUUUUUAAGACAUUCACCAGUGAGGUGAUGAUUCUUAUUUUGGACAGGUGUUUUUCUCACGAAAUUUCGUGAAGUUUUAACUUUUGUGAUGACUAGGUUGGACAAAUGCCUGGAGAAAUGAAGGAGCAUCAUCUCUACGAAAGAGAUGCAGUGAGAAAUGCCUUGAAAGGCUCCCGAAAAGGGCAGGGAAUGAGCGAAUCCGCACGUACUUGGAGUAUCGAAGUCAACUCACUUUAAUGAAUGAUAUGGAAAGUUUCUGGGCUUCUUGUGACAUUCCACGUUUCCCUUACAUGACCAGGAAGAGGACUUGAUAAGAUUGGUUCAUAAAAUGAAGAACAAUGGGCAUCCUAUUGAGGCGGAUUAUCUGUCCAAAUUUACAGACAAGUUGUAAAAAUUAAUAACCAAGUUGUCCAAAAUAAGAGUCAAAUUCACCUCUACAUAUCAAUUCAUUUUUAAACGUAUUAAAACUAAUUUUAGUAAAAAUGAGAUGAUAAAUAGCUUGCCAAGUUUCUAAACAAUCCUUCUGAAAAGAGAGUAACAAGAAAAGUCAAUUAGUAUUGAAAAUAUGGCACUUCAAACUUAGGAUAUCGAUGCUUAUAUGCAGACUGUCCAAAAUUAUAAGCACUUCCCCUAUUGCAGAUGAAGGAAAAUGUUUUCGAAAUAAAUUCAAUAAAAAAAAAUUGUUGAGACGAUUUUUUUGUGAAAGAAAUUUAACAACUGUUUUUUUGUCUUCUUUUUUUCUGUGGUUUUAUACAAUUUUGAUAAGACACUUGCCUUUCUCAAUGGUUUUUUUUUGUGAAAUGUAACAGAGUUAUCUCUAUUACGAAAUAAAUUAGGUUUUAUUAAAAUAAAUACCAUUAUUCACAAA